UAUUGGAGAAAAUUGCCAAAAACUUUUGUAAACCAAACGGUUAAGUAGUACGGCGGACGAUCGUAAAUCUUCCAUAGGAAAAUGGAGUGGGAGACUGACGAGAAAGAAUUAAAGGCCGCCGGAGCUGAGGCUCUGCCGGACGGACGUUGUGGAGUCCGUAUUCAGGGCUGGGAGAUUGAGUCUCGCAAGCAUUCCAUUCUCACUUCUCUUCAACUUGAAAGAUGGGAAGAAGAACUUCAGACCUCUCACUUGCCAGAGAUGGUAUUUGGGGACAAUUCUUUGGUGCUUAAACAUGUGAAUUCUGGCACAAAAAUUCACUUUAAUGCAUUCGAUGCUCUAGUUGGUUGGAAACACGAAGCGUUACCACCUGUUGAAGUUCCAGCAGCUGCAAAAUGGAAAUUCAGAAGUAAACCUUUGCAACAGGUGGUGCUUGACUAUGACUAUACCUUCACAACACCUUACAAUGGAAGUGAAACUGUCGAAAGGAAUGCCGAGUGUGUAAGAGGGUUAUCGAAUGAAAGCAGCUGCAGUCUCCAGUGGGAGGAUUGCAUGGAGAAAAUUGAUUUGGUUGCACUGGCAUCAAAAGAACCUAUUCUCUUUUAUGAUGAGAUCAUCUUAUAUGAGGAUGAACUUGCUGAUAAUGGAAUCUCACUUUUGACUGUUAAAGUGAGAGUCAUGCCAAGUGGUUGGUUCCUAUUGCUGCGUUUCUGGCUUAGAGUUGAUGGAGUGCUUAUGAGGCUAAGAGACACUCGUUUACAUUGUUCAUUUGGGGAGCAUAUGAAAUCAGUUAUUCUUCGAGAAAGCUGCUGGAGAGAAGCAACAUUUCAAGCCUUGUCUUCUGGAGAAAUCAUUCAUCUGCUCUGAUGCAGCACUGAUUCAGGACACUGGUGCAGAAAUUAGUUAAAUAAAGCAGUAUAGUUGACAGGAUUCUGGGAGGAUUUUCAUAAAGAACUGAUUAGGCCUUGGAGUAAGAUUGCUGCUGUAGUGAAAUGAAGAAACCAGAUCCAACUGGAGUGAGAAGAAAUGCAGGAAACAAAGAAGAGGAGCAAGUAGGAGAAAAGGGGUGGGGAGGUGGGCAGUCCUCUUUACCCUUGUAUGGGUAGAAGCUAUCUAUGCACACCCCAUUUUCAAAUCAUAAUCUUCUUCAUAACCAGAUCAUUACAAUUUAUCUUUCUAUUACACCUAAUAACAAGAAGCAUAAGUCUUGGAGACCAAAACCUUUUAGAAAAUCAGGGGACUAAGUUUUAACUAGACAUUUUAAAGAUCGAUUUUAGUAGGACUCAAUUAUACUUCUACAAAUGGCCCAAACCACUAUAGCAGAUGCCAUAUUGUGCAAGUGCGCACAGGCAAAAAAGAAAAAGAAAAUGGAAGAAGCCAAAAAAGUAGUUGGGCUCCCUUUGACCAAAUUCUCAAAGUAGCCUUGACAAUUAAAUGUAAAAAUCCUUGAAACUAAUGUCAGCAUUAAUUAUAUGGCGUUACACACUCUGUGUAGAUGACAUCAGGACGUCAAUUGUUCCAUCUAAAAGCACCUGCUAGGAAUGUGGUUAUCUUAGUCCUCCUUGAGGUAUACUCAGCCUCGGUUGUACUGCUGGUAAGAAUUUUGAGAGAGUUCAGUUCAGUUGGUCCAAUUAAGUGAAGGAGAUCUUUCUUCUUGUGUACCCGUUUUAAGAAAUUCUUUACUUUAGAUGUGCACUUUGUAUCUAGUUGCUUUUAAAUGGUAAUUGGUAA